AGAGGAACGCCGUCAGUAGAAUGGAUGUGAUCCUCCUGUUCUUCACUCCUCCUCCUUCUUCUUCUUCUCCUUCUUCUCGGUGUCAUCUCUGUUUUGCUUCAACCACCUCCAGCAGCAGUGUCGUACCCUGGACCCCUUCCCAGCCCCUCCCAGAGGUAAAAGGAGACCCCUCAGGUGGACUCAAGGCUGAAAACUGAACUUCAAUGUCAGCGGGACAGCAGCAGAAUGGUGUCGACAAACCCCAAGAUGUGAUGCCAGUGGCUGAAGUAUGGCCGGAGGUGGAGAGGGCGGAGCGUUUGGCCCGAGGCGCCGCCCUCAAGUGGGCAUCAGGUGUUUUCUGUCGACCUGAGCAUCUGGAACGACUGAGUCAGUACAAGAAGAGGGAGAGUCAGAGAACCACGUCCAUACACACCAGACUGAAGUCCAUGGUACAGUCGUACCUGGAGGGGGUGGGCUGGGGUCUGGAGCAGCUCCGGGAGGCCAGGGCGGAGCUGAGGGAGGUGUCCCACGCAUUGAGGAAGGCGGGGCUAGAGUCCAGUCAAAACACAGAGGGCGUCAAGUCUCUGGAGAAGCUGAGAGACGUGUCUGUGAACCACCAGCAACUGCUGGCCGCUGUCAGCAACCUGCCACGACUCUACUCAGUGCGGACCAUGGUGUUGGAGACGGAGCGCCUGGUGGAGUCCCGCAGGCUCCUGGAGGCCCACGCCCGCCUCAUGGAGCUGGAACACUGGCAGGAUGACAUCCUCUGGCAGCUCCAUGGGAACGCUGGGACGGCAGGAAGUUCACUGAGCGCCGAGGACAAGGAGCUGGUGACCAAAUACUUCUGUGGAGUGGGACGACUGGUGGAGGCUCUGGGUAAGGAAAUGUGGGCGGUGGUCAGCAGUGCCUUGGCUCUGGCCCGACAGAACCCCACCCCCUUUGUGUCAGCGGUGAGGAUUGUGGAGCGGGAGGAGGCCUUGGACCAAGCCCUGCUGGAGGAGAGGGGGGGUCCGGGGGGCGUGUCCAGACCCCUGCCCCCGGGACGCCCUCGCUGUUGGAGAGCCUGCUUCUUCCAGGUACUAGAGGAGGCGGUGUCUGCUCGGUUCCGCAGCGUUUCGUACCUGCACACCCGAGGUCCAGGUCUGGCCGGACACCUGUCUGCUCUCCAACACGGCAUCAUGGCGGAUCUGGCCACAGUGCGCCACCUGCUGGAGCACUGCGUCCCGUCACACUACAGGUUAACGGGCGCCUACCUGAGGGCCAGUCACCGCUGUCUGCACACGCACCUGGCACAGGUGAGCAGCUGGGACCUGGAGAGUGGGGAAAUCUUCGCUGUGCUCAACUGGGUUCUGCACAUUUACAACAGCCCAGACAUGAUGGGACAUCCAGAACUGGUGCCCGAGAUGGAGAAAGAAGAGCUGGGACCUCUGAUCUCCACUGAAGGCCUGGAGCAGCUGCAGAGCAAAUAUGUGCAGAGUGUUCGAAAGAGUGUGUCUGAGUGGAUGCAUAAAGCUCUGCAGGUGGAGUUACAGGACUGGCAGAGAGAGCAGGAACCAGAUACAGACCACGAAGGGUUCUACCAGACCAGCCUGCCCACCAUCAUCACACAGAUGUUGGAGGAGAACGCUCGGGUGGCUCUGAUGAUCGGACCGUCACUGAGAGACCAGACCAUCCACAUGGGUCUGUACGAGAUGGAGAACCUGCUCAACAGGUUUCGAGAAGCAUUAGUAGAAUUUGGGAAAGAGAGACGCAGAGAUCUGACCAACGGCAGAAACCAGUUCUACCUCCACUAUCUGCUGGCCUCCAUCAGCAACUGCAUCAUCCUCAAGAAGUCGACUGAGAGUCUGCAGCAGCAGCAGUCGUCCAGGGCGGGGGGUCAGUACUCUCGGACCCCCCCCAACCCUCUGGCGGCCCUGGACCGGGCUGUGAGGCGGGCCUGUCGCCUGGUGAUGGAUCAGCUGCUACUGGACCUUCAGCCCCUCCUCCCAGGUCUACUGACCCGACCCUGGCUGGCCCAGGGAGACCCCACCCCAAAGCUCUGCCGGGUCCUGGAGCACCACCUGGACCUGUACAGCCGAGUCCGACCCCCCUGCCGGCAGCGGCUGCAGGAGGAGGCCCAGUGGCUGAUGGUCGUUGAAUACGUCCGGGCGCUGAUGCAGAAGAGGCUGGUGUGUCGCGGCGCUGAGGAGAGGAGGCAGCUCGGCCAGCAGAUGGUUCAGGACGACCAACAGUUCAGGGAGAUCUUCCAAAGCCUGGAAGGCGAAGGCUCGGUACCGGAGGUCAACCCACUGGCCUUACUGCCUAUCCUGGCUGAUUUCAUCCGACUCAAAGACCCCAUGAUGCUGACGCUGGAAGUGUCUGGACUCAUAGCGAAAUACCCCGACAUCAGUGAGGAGCAUGUGUCUGUGCUGCUGGACGUCCGGGGGGACAUCAGCAGGGACGUGAGGGGGACAGUCCUGGACAUGCUGGAGCAGAGCGCCCCCCCUCUGCCGCUGGGAUACAGACCCAUCUUCACAGACAUCCUGGUGCCUCCGUCCACCCUGGCCUUCUGUCUACCCACCGCCAAGUGUGCAUGAACAGCCUCAAAGGUCAACGUGUAACAUCCACAUUGGUUUAGGAGGGUGUGGUGGGAGACGGUCGUUUGCUGUCCAUCCCUGUGUCCUCUAAUCGCCCCUUUUCCACCACAUUCACAGGAACUUUUAUUACCAGAAAUGUAUUUACCAGGGAACAUCUGCGCUUUGUGUUUCCACCUGAAAGUUCCUGGAAAUGUACUGAAAUGAGACUCAGUCGUUUCCGGUCGAUGAUGACGUAAAGUCCUGCUGAAUUUCUUUUGAGCAUCUUUGGCAAAUACGUUCAACGAGGUCUGUUUUAAUUAUCAGUGUGUGUUCAGAUGGACAGACAGAUGUUUACAAGGACAGGGGAACAUUUUUGAACUCACCAACUGAUUAGCAAGUACUUCAAACAUCUUCUCCAACAAAACUACUGGCCUGAUUCAUUUAAAAUUUUAUAUGUAUCUUCCUUGGGACAAUGUCUACAAAGUGGAUCGACAAUAUUGAGAAAUUUAGAUUUUUGAAUUUUUGACAAAUUUUUGAAAUCUUAAAAAGUGUGCCUUUACUUCUAAUGGUCCAUAUUGUGAUAGUUUCUAACAUGUAAAUGAUUAGAGAGAUUAAUAUAGCUACUAUUGAUCACUGAUAGGAAGUCAUAUAUGGAUUUUCAUUUGGGUCCAUGACCUUUGACCUUGAGUGAACUUAAAGGGUCAAACUCGAGGUCACCAAUGUCUAGAUUUCAACAAUUUUCUCAAAACUACCGAUCAGAUUAAUUUCCAAAUGUAACUGUAUCAUCCUUAGGACAGUGUCUGCAAAGAGUGUUCAAAGUUUUGAGAAUGUAUGAAUUUUUGCAGAUUAUUUGAAAUAUUAACGAUGUGCCUUUCCUUCUAAUGUCCAUAUUUUAAUGGUUUAUAACAUGUGAAUGGUUACAGAUAUCAAUAUAGUUCCUAUUGAUCACUGA